AUGGCAGAUGCGUCUUCUCCACCCCAAGUUGUCAUCACUUCCGAGACCGAAUCCACUGCAGAUCUGAAGAAGCAAGACACAGGCAAGACACAUGGCGAUCGCAACACUCCAGUGCCUCAUGCUAGUCACCCGGGUGCUGUCCAGCAAAAUGCGCCCUCAGAAGACGCUGGCACUGCGGUCUCAUCAUCGUUGACAUUACUGCAAACUCCUGCAUCUCCAUCGGCAACCUCGUCUACUAUAUCUAUUGGUAUUCCACCGACCUGCACAGAUUUACCGAUGUACGAUGACCAAGUCCAGCAAAUCGAGGACCUCGCCGACAAGUACAAGAUCGUCGACGGCCAGAAAGGUUUCUUGGUUUCGGCUAAGUGGUGGACCAGAGUACAGGCGCGAAGUUUACAUCCUCCCGCCAGCGCCGACAAAGAUGCGACGGAGGGUGAGGUCGGUCCUAUAGACAAUGCCGGUAUUGCUAUGGUAACAGAUGACUCGGGCAAGCUUCUCGAUCAUGCUGGCGAGAAGUUCGUCGUGCUACGACCAGGCUUGAGAUACGGCGAGGACUACAUCAUCGUACCGACUGAAGGCUGGGAUCUGCUGCUGUCGUGGUAUGGCCUUGCCAAGGAUUCGCCCAUCAUUACACGAUAUGCAUAUGACAUGACCGGCCCAGACGAUGUCCUUCCCUCUGUCGAUUAUGAGGUCGAUCCACCCAUCUUCACCGUCCUCAAGGUUCUCGCCGAUCAUACACCACAGACGCAGAGAGAAUCCGCAGAUCCACCGCCGAGGAUGGUAGCGAGUAAGUUCAUGCUUGCGAACGAGUGGCUUAAGAAAGCGAAGGAAUUGGUCCACAUCGAUAUCAACACCAAGGUCCGCGUCUGGAGGAUACUAGGUGGACUCAAAAGUAACGCCGCAUCGGGCCUACCGUCUCCGGCGGCGUCGAGGAGUGCAUCGCCGGCGCCAGGCACCGAGAUGGUGGCCACCGUACCAGACCGAAUGAUUUUGGAUGUCAACGCAUUCGUUGCGCUAUCGAAGGGUGAACACCGUGACGACCUCAACCUGGAGGACAACACCGCCAACGAAAAAUACAAUGGCAGUUCCAAGCUAGGCAUGUACGCUGGCCGCAGCGACCUGAUCGCCUUGGAGGAGCAGAAGAAAACUGGGAAAUGGGCGUCUGAUAACAGCGAUUAG